AGCAGCUUUUCCUUUCCGGGCUGAUAGACUCAUAGCUGUUUACAACCACUCAUGAAGUACCAGAUAGCCAAGGCUCUUCUCCAACUGCUCUGGCUUCUUCUUCUUUCUCCUCCUCUGGUACUCUCCCGGGUGCUGGUGCAGGAGCCAAUGCCGGUGGCAGGGCCCCCGCCAGGCUGCCCAAGCAUGUGCGGCGACAUAGACAUCCCCUACCCCUUCGGCAUCGGCGACGGCUGUUCAAAGAACAAGGACUUCGCCAUCUCCUGCAACAAUAGCUACAACCCGGCGAGAGCAUUCAUCGGACGAGGCUUCGAGGUCAAGAACAUAACUCUGGAGACAGGAGAGAUGCGCGUCUUCACUGGGGUCGCGCAUAUCUGCUACAACUCAUCCAACACAAUCUCCAGCAUAGACUCGUGGAAGUACGACUUCACCGGCUCGUCGUUCCUGAUCUCGUCGGCAAGGAACGAGUUCACGGGCGUCGGCUGCAACACCGUGGCGUUGCUAACAGGCGAGGACAUGGAAGACGAUGGCCGAUACCUGAGCGGCUGCAUCACGACGUGCGCGAGCCUGGGUGACGCUGCCGACGAUGUCAAUUGCACGGGGAACGGGUGCUGCCAGACGGCCACCCCCGAAGGCCUUGACACGGUGACUGUUGGUUGGAACACGCUCGCCACCAACACUGCGUGGAACUACAGCAGCUGCAGCACCGCCUUCUUGGCCGAGAAAGGAUGGUACAAUUUCAGCCUGAAUCAUCUGGACGGCACCGGUGAGACGUCUUUUCACAAACAGUUAGGUAUAAGGACCGUUCCGUUAGUGCUCGAUUGGGCCAUGAAGAAGGAUGGUGCCUGCUUGAGCGCCAACAGCACACGCGUCCACGUCAGGAAUGGCCUCUGGUACCGCUGCAAAUGCUCCGAUGGGUACGCUGGAAAUCCGUACGUCGUUGGGGGAUGCGAAAAUAUCGAUGAGUGCAAACUUCUGAAGUCUGAUCCUGAGACUUAUGGAAAGCAAUAUCAUCUUCCAAGUGGUAGCAAAUGUGUUGACACAGAUGGUAGCUACGAGGUGAAAUGCAAUUUUGGCCGAAUAGGGUCCGAAUGCCGCCUCGUAUUUUCCGCCACAGUAGCUGCAGUACCAGCAACAUUGGUCGCCAGCCUUCUUCUGGUGCUACUACGCAAGGAGCACAAGCGGCGAAUGCGGAGUGGCUUCUUUGACAAGAAUGGCGGUCAAAUAAUGAAGAGCAUGAACAUGAACACCUUCACCGAACUAGAGCUGGAGAAUAUCACGAACCACUAUGACACCCCCAUCGGAAAAGGUGCCUUUGGCAAGGUCUAUAGGGGAACCACCCAUGAGAACCUACGAGUCGCCGUUAAGCGCUCCAUCGUAGAAGGCAUGAAACCCUCGCAUGAUCACGAUCUGGUGAACGAGAUCGCCAUUCAGUUUCAGGUCAGCCAUGCAAACCUUGUUCGCCUCAUCGGCUGCUGCCUCGAGACGGAUGUCCCCAUGCUUGUCUUCGAGUACGUCUCCAACGGGAGCCUCUACAAUGUGCUUCAUUGUGGUUCUACACCACGUGCGCUCCCGCUUUCAGCACGCUUGGACAUUGCCAUAGGCUCUGCAAAAGCUCUUGCCUACAUGCACUCCCAUGGCGGACGCAGUCUUGUGCACGGGGAUGUCAAGACUGGUAACAUCCUCCUCGGCGAUAACUUGACUCCCAAAGUCUCAGACUUCGGGUCGUCAAAGCUUGAGUCAAUCGCAAGGCAUGCCAAUUGGUGCGUCAUGGGGGACAUGAGCUACAUUGAUCCUGUGUACAUCAAGACGGGCCGUUUCACACAGAAGAGUGAUGUCUACAGCUUUGGUGUGGUGCUCCUCGAGCUCAUCACGAGGAAGACGGCCAGGUACGGCAACAAUAAUAGCCUCCCCGUGGACUUUGUCAAGUCCUGCAAGGAGGACGGCAAUGGAAGGAUGAUGUACGACAGAGAUAUCAUCUCCUCUGAUGGCGAUGCUCAUUCUCCUCGUUAUGUGGAGUGCCUUGAUCAGAUCGGCAUGUUGGCAGUCCGAUGUCUCAGGGAAGACAAAGAUGAAAGACCAUCCAUGGCAGAGGUAGUAGAGGAGCUUAUACAACUGAAGUUUAGAGCUCGCAGUGCCACAAGUUGUAAGACAAAUUAAAGUCGCAUAGAUGAAGCAAGAAGCACCCGUGGUUAGCUUAAUUAAGCUCGCUUCUCGCUUCAUUAUAUUAGUACUCAUUGUUAUCGUAUUAUUAGAGUUUAUAGUACGAAUUAUGCACUAAACAUACAUGUAUUUUGUUUUAAAUGAGCUAG